UUUUUAAACCCGGAAGUGGGUGACACUAUCGAGCUGCAGGUGUUGUCGCACGACUCCAACCUCUUUCUCACUAUAUUAUUGAUCUGUAAGUUGUGUCACUGCAUUGUUUGAAAAUGAAAACGUGCAUGUGAAGUUGUUUUAAAGAAAGGCUUGCUAACGUUUGGAGUUUGGAUCCAUCUGGAUGUUGAGUGUGCGGACUCUGUUUGGGAUCGGCUUCCUGGUCACCUCAAGGUCCACGGCAGUCCUUGCUCAGACAGGGACAUGUCCACUGUCCACUGCAGCUAACAACCACAAAAAGGACUGUUUCAGUAACAGACCAGCAUCCACCAUGGCCCAGACAAUCAAAUAUCUUGGGCAGGAGGAGGCACAGCACAUUGAUGAGGAGCUCUUCAGUGAGUACGGCUUCAGUGUGGACCAGCUGAUGGAGCUUGCUGGACUCAGCUGUGCCACAGCCAUUGCCAGGGCGUAUCCACUGACUUCCCUGGUCAAGGCCAGACCUUCUCUGCUGGUGAUUUGUGGACCAGGUAACAACGGAGGCGAUGGCCUGGUCUGUGCCCGACAUCUUAAACUCUUUGGUUACGAACCUACCAUCUUGUACCCGAAGAGGCCAAACAAACCUCUGUUCCAGGGCCUGACCACACAGUGCCAGAAAAUGGAGAUCCCCUUCCUGACUGAGAUGCCUGAGGCUGAAGUGAUUGACGAGGCUUACAACCUGGUGAUUGAUGCCAUCUUUGGCUUCAGCUUUAAGGGGGCUGUGCGAGAGCCUUUUGGUUCCAUCCUAGACGUGCUGAAGAAGACGACAGCCCCCAUAGCCAGCAUCGACAUCCCCUCAGGUUGGGAUGUGGAGCAGGGCAGUGCAGAUGGCCUGCAGCCAGACAUGCUCAUCUCUCUCACUGCUCCCAAGAAGUCUGCCUCCUUGUUCCGAGGACGAUACCACUUCCUGGGAGGCCGGUUUGUGCCACCGGGCCUAGAGAGGAAGUACCAGCUCAACCUGCCUCAGUACCCCGGCCUGGACUGUGUGUUACAACUGUAGGGGAUGUACUGAAUGUUUGAUGAGAGGAACGGUGUUGUCUGUAAAGGAAUAGUUCAACAUUUUUGGGAAAUAAGAGGAUAAGAAUAUCAAUACCACUCCCUUGUUUGUGCCAUAAUUACGAAGCUGGAGUCUGGAGUUAAUAGCUUAGAUUAGCUUAGCAUAAAGACUGGAAAUGUGGAAACAGCUCGUCUGGCUCUGUCCAAAGUUGUAAGCUAUACCUACUAGCACUUCUAAAGCUCACAAAUUAAAACUUACCUCGUUUGUUUCAUCCAUACACAAACAGAAAUGUAAAAAUGACAAGUUGUAGUUGUACAGGGAGUUAUGUGAUGCAACCAUUUCCACGUCUCACCUCCAGCUCUGUACCUAAACCACUGACAUGAAAGUGGAUAAAUCUUCACAUCUAACCUUUGGAAAUAAAUCAAAUAAGUAUAGUAUGUUUCCAUAAAUGUGGAACUAUUUCUUUUAAAUCUUGUAAUUUGAUUGGUUAUCAUUAAAUCCAAUAAGAUGAUAUAAUAGAGCUUUAUUCGCUCUCUGGAAGAGAGUUUUUUCACGUAAAGGCACAAAGCUUUAACGUGAUGGUUGCUUCAGCUACAUAAAAAUUAAAAAACAAUG